AUGGAGAAGGUGAACAUCGAACCAUGUGUGAAGAUGGACACCCAAACCCUUGAUCUUCUCAAGAUAAAAGAUGAUGUCACAUGGUAUAUAAGGAAGCUAGGCUUGAGCAAGCUCUUCAAGCUAGAGUUUAGUGAGUACUCACAACUCAGUAAGGAGUUCCUCUCCACAGUAGCUCUUGCCUUUCCCAACCACAAUGGAGACCAACCAGCUGCACAUGACUUCAAGGAGAACUCAAAGAGGAAACAAGCUGCCUUUGCUGAUUGGACACACUUUGCCAAUGAACCAUUCUUGCCUUCAAGGUCAAAGGUGUCUAGAAUCACCCAUCCAGCCAUUCGCUAUGUGCACCGCCUCAUCUCCACCACUUUCCAAUGCAAACAAGAAGCCAACAAGGUCACAACUGAUGAGUUCUACAUCCUCACCACACCAUUCAUCAAGCAUGAGUACAAGGCCAACCUUGGUCUUUUACUUGCCAAGACAUUUAUCAAUGUGAGGAAGCUAGCUCAAGACUUGGAAGGCAACAAGAAGCUUUGUGUUCGUUUUGGGAGGCUUAUCACGGCCAUAGUACUGCAUGUGGGGAUUGACAUUCCCAACUAUGAGCCACUACCCAAGCCAACCCCUUUGGAUCUCCAUGCUCUUCAGCACAUCCACUUCCUAAACCGUUGGACUAAAGACCCAACUCGGUUUUGCUAUGAGUUUCCAAUUGGUCCAGCCAACACUUCCCUUGUCUUGCUGCCACAUGAAGACAUCCCAAGCCUACGCUCAGGUGUUGUCACUUUCCAGCCCAAUGAGGAAGACUUCUAUGUUCCAUCAAGUGAGAAACCAUCAUUCCCCAUGCUCACCUAUCGCACACUUCAGCAUGCAGUCAAGACUCAACGCCGCAUCCAAGAACGCCAUGUUCUCACUACUGGCAUGGCUGCGCACCAAGCUCUAGACCGUGUUAACAAGCUGGAGAAGAUAGUGGAAUGCCAAUCUCGCUUCAUCUCACGCCUAUUUCGUGUGAUUCGCCACAUUGAGCACCGGAGAGACUCUUUCAGAAGGCCCUUCUUCUCACUGCCACACAUAGUCAUCUCAAGUGGUACUUAG